UUUCGUUCGGUGUUUGUCUUAAGAGAAGAUUUUAAAGCAUGUUUGAGACCGCUAGCCUUAGCUAACUAAAGUGGACAUGCCUUCAUCAUGGCAGCUUCCCCAACGAGUUAGUGCUGGUAGCUUGCUAAGUUUAACUUACGGAAUAUGUGCAAGUCCAGGUAACGGACCAGUUCUGCUGCUUGAUGGCAGGGGCCAUCUACUCGGCCGGCUUGCUGCCCUUGUGGCUAAACAGGUUCUGCUGGGACACAAAGUGGUGGUCGUGAGAUGUGAAGGCAUUAACAUCUCCGGCAACUUCUACCGUAACAAGCUGAAGUACCUGGCUUUCUUGCGUAAGCGGAUGAACACCAACCCCUCUCGUGGGCCGUACCACUUCAGAGCUCCCAGCAGGAUCUUCUGGAGGACCGUGAGAGGCAUGCUGCCCCACAAAACCAAGAGAGGCCAGGCUGCUCUGGAGAGGCUGAAGGUGUUUGACGGUAUCCCCCCACCUUAUGACAAGAGGAAGCGCAUGGUUGUUCCAGCUGCCCUUAAGAUUGUGCGUCUGAAGCCCACUCGCAAGUUUGCUCUCCUUGGGCGUCUGGCACACGAGGUUGGCUGGAAGUACCAGGCUAUCACAGCGACCCUGGAGGAGAAGAGAAAGGAGAAGGCUAAGCUCCGCUACUCCAAGAAAAAGACAGUGACCAAGCUGACCAAGUUGGCAGAAAAGAACGUUGAGGCCAAGAUUGCAAAAUACACAGACGUUCUGAAACAAUAUGGAGUCCUUGUCUGAGCUUAUACCUCUGUCUAAUAAAGAUAGAUAAAUGUU